AAAGGCGAUAUCGCACUCGUUUUGCGGGCUCAUUUCUCUGCCCAGGGUAGUGUUUUGUAUCGCUGCGACGGAGCCAUAAGAGACCGGGCCAUGAGGACUUUUCCCAAAAACAGAAGUUGCGAAGUUUACAGCGUAUCUGGUUCGGGACCCUGCGCCCCCGCUUGUUCACCUGCACAGCAGGACUUUGUGACAAAGCCCACCCAGACAUCAAGUCCAACAAACAGCGAGUCAAAAGCCGAUUCUGACACCAAGAGCCCAGGGGGCAAGAGAGCAGAUUGCGGGGCAUGGAGUAAGUGGGUGCUAAGAACUGCCCCCCUUCUUCCUCUUUCGGCUGCCAUUGCGCUGACGCUCCAUUUCCUUGCAUCUUCUCCAUCUUCCUCAGUGUUCUACCUUGGAGGAAGCGUAGAGUUCUCCAACCUCAGCUUCACUUCAGACCUGGCAGAUCCCACGUCUCCGCAGUUCCGCCUCCAGUCUGAGGCGCUAAGCCAUUACUUCUCAGAGUUGUAUGAUUCAUCACCGUGGAAUUUGUAUUACAAGAACUCAGGAAUUAUUGCGUUUAGUGAAGGAGUGGAAGGUCUUUGUGUCUACUACUGGAGUAAAUUCUCUGCUCCUUCCCUCAUUUCCGAUGAACUCCGGAAAGUGAACCCGAACCGGCUGCAGAGGCGUCUACCUGGCACCAACAAGGUCCUCUAUAUCAAGAACCAGGAACGAUACUACCUAGAGAAAGACGAGGACACGCUACGUCUACUGGGCUUGAAUCCAGACGAUGUUGAUGACGACGAUGACGAUGAAGAUUCGGAUGAAAAGGCGGAAAAGAUAAAGAACCCAAACUCUUUGCAGAGUGGCAAGUGGCAGUUGGGGCUGCAGGCUAUGUCUUUUGACCUGUAUGCUAAGUAUGGGAAUAACCGUACGCUGAGUCUCGUGAGUCCGAAGAAGCCAUAUUACCAGUGGAGACUUCGGGUGCCGUCCGGCCACGUUGUGCGACUUGUCAUUCUCACACUUCAAGGAGCGACACCAGGCAGCUGCUCCGCCAACAAACUGUCUGCAUAUGACUUCCUGCUGCCGCUUCAAAACAAGAUCAUCGCCAGAUGGUGUGGUCUGCCAAUAUCAGGAACGUCCCCUGUGAUGAAACUGACGUCGUCUGGAAACGUCAUGCUUGUUACGUUUUCUUUCAGUCGACAGAGACAAGGAGCACUCUUUAAAGCAUACUUCCAAGCAAUACCCAAAAGUGAGUGUGGCGGUUUUCUCACCGCUUGGAACGGCACUGUAACGUCCCCAUAUUACCCCGCCUACUACCCUCCAAAUGUGGACUGUAACUGGAAGAUCAGGGCACCGUUGCCGGGAUACCUUCUCUCCGUCACCAUUGUGAUGCUGGACAUUCAGGAUUCGCCGGCUGCUAGCACCUGUGAGAAAGACUGGCUAGAAAUAGGUGGUGUCAAGCUGUGUAACCCGAUAGGCGACAGCAGCAGGAAGAGAAUUUAUUCUUCCCCUGUCCUGUUGCACUUCCACUCGGAUGAAUCUUUGACUCAUAAAGGUUUCUACCUGAUCUUCAGAGCCUUCUCUCCUGAAAGCGCAUGCCCAAGGCAGUUUAGAUGCGGAGAUGGCAAGUGUAUUCCUCUCAGAAAGGUGUGUGAUGGAGAUAAAGACUGCUCUGAUGGACGAGAUGAGGCAAAAUGCCACACUUGUAAACCCGGAGACGUUAACUGCAAUGGCCAGUGUAAACCACACAGCCAGUGUAACACACAAUUUACAUGUGACGACAGCGGUGAAGAGACAAACUGCGGAGGUAAAUGCUACCAUGUGUGCCCAAACAAAAUCUGCCUUCCUAAAGCAUCAGUGUGUGAUGGAGUUGUUGACUGCAAAGACCGCAGCGAUGAACUCAACUGCACAAGAGCUUUUCAGAAAGGAUGUUCCCCCACCUCUUUCAAAUGUGCCAAUGGAAAAUGUUUGAGUAAGAUCAACCCGGAGUGUGACGGCAUCAAAGAUUGCAAAGAUGGUUCAGAUGAGUUGCGUUGUGGUUGUGGCACGCGGCCCAGAAAGAGGGCAAAGAUUGUGGGUGGAACAGAUGCCCAGGUGGGCUCGUGGCCGUGGCAGGUAAGCCUUCAGAUGGAACGCUACGGUCACGUGUGUGGGGCAUCUCUGGUGGGCAGCCGUUGGCUCAUCUCUGCAGCUCACUGCUUCCAGGACUCGGAUGCCAUCAAGUAUUCUGACGCACGGUCGUGGAGGGCGUACAUGGGUAUGCGGGUGAUGAACUCCGUCAGCAACGCAGCAGCAACCCGUCAGAUCCGCCGUAUCGUCUUGCACUCUCAAUAUGACCAAUUCACCUCCGACUUUGACAUCGCCCUUUUAGAACUCAGCGCUCCCGUCUUCUUCAACGAGUUGGUGCAGCCUGUCUGUGUGCCCGCCCCCUCUCAUUCCUUCACUUCUGGUACCAGCUGCUUUGUCACUGGAUGGGGGGUUCUGACAGAGGAGGGUGAGCUGGCCACACUGCUGCAGGAGGCCACGGUGAACAUCAUUAGUCACAACACUUGCAAUAAGAUGUACGACGAUGCCGUCACUCCCAGAAUGCUUUGUGCCGGGAACAUUCAGGGAGGAGUGGAUGCCUGUCAAGGAGACUCUGGGGGGCCGCUGGUGUGCCUGGAACGCGGGCGGCGUUGGUUCCUAGCAGGCAUUGUGAGUUGGGGCGAGGGCUGCGCCCGACAGAACAGGCCUGGAGUUUACACACGUGUCAUUAAGUUCACAGACUGGAUUCAUCAGCAGACGAAAGGCCAAGUGUGACACACAGACACAAGUACUUCCACCAUUGAAUGGGUAACAUCAUCAUUUGCCCACAUUCAGUUGCGUGUGAUCGAAGGGCUCCAGUCGAGCUCUCAUGGUGCCCAGACACACGGCAAACUUCUACACAUCUGCAUUGGGGGCCGUUUUCCAUCCAUUACUGUUGCUCGGCGUUUGAAAUCUCCAUCCCUGACAACAGCUUCUUUGUGCCCCACUCCUGAAAACCACCCUACCAACUGACUGCACUCUUUAAAGCCUUCACACCGGAAAACUAGCUUAGAUAUUCUAACAAACUGGCGGAAGAGGUGCAUGUGAUUAUUUGCAGUGGAAGGAGUUCUCUCGGUGAGAAUUUUUCGUAUUGUUUCCAUAGCAUUCGUUCAUUUAUUCAUGUUACUGGAAUGGAUUUUGUAGAACAAUUUUAAACCCUCCGCUUUAUUUACUGCGUUGUGUUUUUCAUUGUCCAUUUCCAAAUGUUGCCCAAACUGUGAAAUUAAUCGCAUCUCAAAUUAUGACAUUUUAGAACAUGUUAUUAUUACGAUUUUUCCUGCUAUUUUUGUUGAUGUUGUUUGUGUUUUGGUUGUCACUCGCAACUGAUUUUUAGCCAUGGAGCUCUCUCCCAUUGGGAAAUUGCAAUGCCAGCCUCUAAGACUCCCUCUACUGGUUGUGAUUUGACACUACAGCUUACUCCUCACUACAUGGUAUCAUGAUCUGUAA